UGUGUUUGUGAGCAAAUAAACAAAAUGGCACGGACAACGGGAUGUUUCGCUCAGGUGAGGGGGUCAUCAGAGGGAGAUGACUGCCAACAAGAGCUCCAAGGCUGCACCGAGAGCAGGAGGGGCUAAAGGCCCUCAGGAAAACUCAGACAGGUGCUGUCCUGGGUGGGGGUUAGCGCUGCUGUCAUCACCUCCGGCAGGAUCUGAUGUUUCAAGGAGCAUCUGAGAUCUGAACCGCAGGACAGAGCUUACGCCAAAUGAUGUGUCAAUCUGCUGCCCAACUUCCAAUUCUUUCUACUGGAAAAGAGUCAUGUUCUUCUCACCACAGUGGGAGUGAGGACGCCAGUCAGCAGGGUAGGUACGCUAAAGCUGACCCUAAAAUCUGGACCCAAAAGAACUGGAGCUGUAAGACCGCAAGUCUGCGAAGUGGCUCUUCGCUAUACACUGACUUUGAAUCCCAAAGCAGGCUCACCAAAUCUAGGAGCAUUGCCUGUCUGGACAAGAGGCUCACCAUCUAUAAACCAUCAAGUGGAGAUAACCAGGAGCAGAAGGAGAACCUGCCAGAGCCGACCCCCCCUGUGGGGGAUGGACUAAACACUGAGCCCCUUGGUGUGAGUACCUUUUCCAUUGGACCUACUACUAACCUUGGGCACAAGCGGACACUUUCACUCAGCUGUUCUGGGACCUACAUUUCAUCUGUCACAAUACGCAAAAAGAUCUCAGAAUGGGAGGGUCGGAAGGUGGCUCUGCCUAGGAUGAGCCUUUGCCUAGAGAAGAGGGCUGGAGGUGGGAGCGAGGGUUGUCCAAGCCUGCUGUCCUCACCUUGCAGCGAAAAGACCUUUGACUUUAAGGGUGUAAGGAGAAUGAGCACAGCAUUUUCAGAGUGCUCCUACCCAAAGACUGAGGAAGACGAUUGUGUAUCGGACAAAGAAACUCCUGUAAGAUUCCAGAAGAGGCCUUCAAAGGCUGAGUCCUCAGGGAUUUUCCUGCACACUUUCUCUGCACGCAAGGAGACCUCAGCCGUGCUUAGCCGGAUACAAAAGAUUGAACAGGCCUUGAAGGAAAGUCCCUCUCAGUCCCCACCACAGUAUCUUAGCAAUUGCUAUGGCCUUGAUAAGUCCAGACAGAAGUCUUUCACUAUAGGUGGGACUGAGGACUUGGACAGCACUUGUGGCAGCAAGCGGAGCAGCAUCUGCUCUGUUGCCACUGAGCCUGAAGCUUCUCCAGGGCCUGACAGACUCUCUAAGCUCAUGCAGAGGUUCAGUAUCAGCUCUACCAGAUCUGAGAGCCCAGAGCUCCCUUCUGCACAGGACUCUCCUGGAAUCACAGUGAACCCUUUGCCCAAGCCCAAACGAACAUUUGAGUAUGAUGCCAACCGGAACCACAGGGGCUUGUUGACCAACAAUGGACUAUCUUCCACCACUGAAUCUCCCCCUCCACUUCCCUUCACCCCAGCACCAGCUAUAAUGAGAAAUUCCAAAACAGAUGAUAGCUUGCCUAAGAAGACACAAGAAAGAGAAUCUUGUAAGUCAGAGGAUGCUAUGAGCCUGCCAUCUUCAUACCCAUCAUCACCCACAGAGAAUGGCACAGCCUCCACAGAGAACCACAGUCGGCCCAGCUCUAAGAGUACACUUGAGGAGAACGCCUAUGAGGACAUAGUAGAGAAAGAGAAUCCAUAUGAAGAUGUAGAUCCAGUGAGGAGAUGUCUGGCCAGAAAUUCCCGGCUGUUACCCAAAGGGUCUCGGGACUCACUCAACAGGAUAUGGACCUCCCAGGACAGGAAGUCCAUUACACCUCCCCAGCUGCCAUCUAAACCGAGCAGUCAGUCUCUGAAGCUGCCAGGUCCUGCUGACAGGAAGAGCCAGCGCCCAUCCCGCCUCUCUAAGAGGCACAGCCAUGAUGACAUGCUGCUGCUGCCCCAGCUGGGCAUGCCUUCCUCCUCUUGUGGCCUAUUAGAUAACAGCCUGACCUCCGCCACUGAUACCUUGGCCUCCCACAUGCAGAAACGAGUCCCUAAGGUGGUGCAAAGAAUAAACUCAAUCUAUUGUACAAAAAGAGGCAAGAAGAGACUAAAGAAGCUUUCACUUUUAAAUAUCGAAACAGCAUCUCUAAGAGAUGACAACAGCGAGAGCGAAAGUGACUCUGAUGACAGGUUCAAAGCCCACACUCAGAGGCUACUGAAGCUGCAAUCCAUGCUGCGAAGUGCACCCAGUUACAGGACACUGGAGCUGCAGUUGAUCGAGUGGCAGGAAAGGGAGCUUUUCGAGUACUUUGUGGUGGUCUCACUGAAGAAAAAACCCACCAAAAACUCUUAUACUCCAGAAGUCACCUACCAGUUCCCCAAGUUGGAAAGACUCACCAAGCAGAUGAGAGAAGCUGAGCAGAGACUCAAAGCUAUCCCACAGUUCUGCUUUCCAGAUGCCAAAGACUGGAGCCCUGUUUCUGAAUACAACAGUGAGACCUUCUCUUUCAUGCUCACUGGAGAAGAUGGCAGUAGACGCUUUGGGUAUUGCAGGCGGCUUCUGCCAAGUGGGAAAGGGCCUCGCCUUCCUGAAGUGUAUUGUGUCAUCAGCCGACUGGGCUGUUUCAACCUGUUCUCCAAGAUUCUUGAUGAAGUGGAGAGGAGGAGAGGGAUCUCAGCUGCUCUGGUGUAUCCUUUCAUGAGGAGUGUGAUGGAAUCUCCUUUUCCAGCACCAGGCAAAACCAUAAAAGUCAAAACCUUCCUGCCUGGAGCAGGAAAUGAGGUGAUUGAGUUAAGGAGACCAAUGGACUCCAGACUAGAGCACGUGGACUUUGAAAGUCUGUUUAAGUGUCUGAGCGUACGACAGGUGGUACGUGUCUUUGCCUCCCUGUUGCUGGAACGUAGGGUCAUCUUUGUGGCUGACAAGCUCAGUACUCUUUCCAGCUGUGUUCAUGCAGUGGUGGCUUUGCUCUACCCGUUCUCCUGGCAGCAUACCUUCAUUCCUGUACUUCCCACGUCCAUGGUGGACAUUGUCUGCUGCCCCACGCCUUUCCUAGUGGGUAUUCUGUCCAGUUCACUGCCCAAACUGAAGGAGCUACCAGUGGAAGAGGCUUUGAUGGUGGAUCUAGGCACAGACCGCUUCAUCCGACAGAUGGAUGACGAGGCCUCUUUAUUACCACGCAAGCUGCAAGCUGCUCUGGAGCAAGCUCUCGAACAGAGGAAUGACAUCAUCGAUCAAGACUCUGACAGCGAAUCGGAUGAAGAGUGCACUACCACUUUAAACAGUGUGGUAUCAGAGGCAUUCAUCCGCUUCUUCCUGGAGACCAUUGGCCACUAUUCGUUGUUCCUUACCCAGGGCGAUAGGGGAGAGCGCAUCUUCCAGCGCGAAGCCUUCCGUAAGUCGGUGGCUUCUAAAAGCAUCCGUCGCUUCCUGGGUGUCUUCAUGGAGUCCCAAAUGUUUGCUGGAUUCAUCCAGGACAGAGAGAUGAGGAAAUGCAGGGCCAAAGGUCUGUUUGAGCAGAGGGUGGAGCAGUAUCUGGAAGAGUUGCCGGACACUGAGCAGAGUGGAGUCAACAAAUUCCUGAAGGGUUUAGGAAAUAAAAUGAAGUUCCUUCAUAAAAAGAACUAAAAUUGUGAAACCAAAAACUGCGGACAUUUUCUACAAUUGCUAUAUCUUAAAACCUACAGUAACACAGUCAUGUAUGUUAAAGGGAUAGUCCACCAAAAAAUUACAGUUCUCUCAUGAUUUGCUCACCCUCAUGCCAUCCCAGAUGUUUAUGAUUAUCUUCUGCAGAACACAAAAUAAAGAUUUUUAGAAAAAUAUCUCCGCUCUGUCGGUCCAUACAGUGCAAGUGAAUGGUGGCCAGAACUUUGAAGCUCCAAAAAGCAUAUAAAGGCAGUAUUCCAAACAACUCCAGUGUUUAAAUACAUAUAUUUAAAGUAAUUUGAUAGGUGUGGGUCAGAAACAGAUCAAUAUUUAAGUCCUUUUUUACUAAAAAUCUCCACUUUCACAUUCUUUUUCUUUUGUUUUUGGCAAUUCGCAUUCUUUGUGCAGAUCGCCACCUACUAGACAGGGAGGAGAAUGUAUAGUAAAAAAACAGGAAAAAAAACUUAAAUAUUGAUCUGUUUCUCACCCACACCUAUCAUAUAGCUUUUGAAGACAUAGAUUUAACCUUUGGAGUUGUUUGGAUUACUUUUAUGCUGCCUUUAUGUGCAUUUGGACCUUCAAAGUUCUGGCCACCAUUCACUUACAUUGUAUGGACCUACAGAGCUGAGAUAUUCUUCUAAAAAUCUUAGUUUGUGUUCAGCAGAAGAAAGCCAUCUGGGAUGGCAUGAGUGUGAGUAAAUGAUGAGAGAAUUUUCAUUUUUGGGUGAACUAUCCUUUAAAGAAGUGCCGGUUAUGUUGUCUCUGACGUUCACAUUUUUUGUACAUAUUUAUGAAAGCUGUGCCAUUAAUUUCACAUGUAGCUCUGUUUUUAGCUUCCCUGGUACCUUCUGUAUGACACUAGAGUAAUAAUAGGAUGGUACUGAGAGUGUGAAUGGUUAUGUUGCAGUAUAACCUCCACCAUAGAAAUAACUGUGUUGAGCUGGAUGAGAUGUACUGUAUGAAUGGGUACUUACUGCAUGAGAGGAGGUGGAUGUACAGUGGCUGUGUAGUAUUUAAUGCAAGAAUUUCUCUAUGAAUUCUAUUUUGUACAUUUAUUAACACAUGAAGAGUAUAAUUACCUUAUUUACAGUGUUUUAUAAAAAAAAAUCAAUAAAGCUUUUCUGUUAAUUUC